AUUCAUUUGGACCCAGAAGAAGAGGGUGUCUUUUUUAUGUUUCCUCCUUUCUCCGUGUCUACGCCCACGUCAAUAGUGGUCUACAGAUGGAAACGCAGAUUCCGUUCGCCCCCACUUCAAGAGCACGAGGCGAUUGUGAGCAGUGUGAUUGAAAUCGCAACAAACAGCGGCCCAGCACUUAAAUUCAAUCAUUCAGUACAACUCUUCCUCUGUCACAGUGCGCCGGACCUGGCUGGCUACGAAAUUGUCAUUAAAAAGCUGGUUGACACUAAGAACAAUAUUUGGGAAGAUGUGGAUGUAACAAAGGACCUACAAAAUGAGUCAGGUGCUUUUUCCCUUAAUAAAACUUCCUCCCAUCCACCUUUAUUUCAAUAAACAUUUUCUAGAACUGAUAACUGUAGAUUGCAAGUAAUAAUUGAUUCAUGUUUUUUCUGUUCAUGUGAUUAAUUGACAAACCUUGGGUGCCUCCCAUUGCGACCAAUUCAAACGAACGAGUGUCGCAAAGUGCUCUUGCAUCUGUUGAUUUGUAUGUAAGCGUUAUGGUUUAAUUUGGCCAUUUUGUUGAUUACAGAUGUUAGAAAUUACCCUUCUCUCGCGGAUGUUGAGGACUUGAACCUUCCUGUUGCACUUACUGACAUAAGUGAAUGUACGACGUAUGCAGUUGUUUGCCGUCUCAGAUCGUCUCCACCUUUCACCAUCACAUCUUUUGGUGGUUCCUUUAACCAUCCUGACUAUCCAGAUGUGACUGUAACAAUCCCUGAGAAUGCCGUGCCAAGUGGAACAAAGUUUUCUGUACAGCUUCAGGUAGACAUGGCUACUAUUAUCUGCUAUUUAGUUGAACAAGAGAGCAAAUGGCAGAAAGAAAGCCAAGCCAGUUAUCAAGGUUUUUAGCCAUUUUCCGACAAAACAUUAGUUGGGAUGUUGGGCAUAAAAAAAUAAAUGUUUUCUACAUACAAGUCUUCAUCUUUUAGUAAUUAAAGUAUUCUGUUUAAUUGCUGCUUAAUAUAUUUUGUAAAAUACAUUUCAAGUAAGCCCUCUUCCCUGUGUAUGCAAGAUUUCAAGACAAGAUUUUGAUUUUUGGAGGACUGCUUAAACGCGCGUAAUCGGGUGAAGAAAAUUGUGAGUAUGAGUACCCUUUUUUUACAUACUGAAUCUUACAGGUACAAGAGCUCCCAAGUGAAACUGAGGGACAGGGUCUGUGUUAUGGACCUGUACUACGAAUCAACUGCUCCCAAGUUGUUAAUUUCCUAAAGCCUGUCACAAUUUAUUUGCCGGUGUCUUUACGAGGCGAACCAACGGGAAUUCCGAAUACCUCGCUCCGUGUCAGAGUGUUUUUUCGGAAUUGCAAUAGUGAAGAUAAAGAAUGGACGGAAAUCACCCGCGAUCUUCGAGACCCGGCACAUUUUGAUGGGAAAUUGGUUCAGUUCCAGGUUGACCGCUUCUCUGGGUAUGAGUAUUAGCUUCUUCAGGCUUUCACUGCUAAUAGUGGCAUAAGUACAAUAAUAAAAAAAAAAAUUCAAAUGCCAAAGAGGUUUUAACUGAAAUGAUAACAACACAGGAUUUCAUCCACAGAUUUAAACGCUAGACUAACAAAUCAUCCCACCGUAACUUGGUGUAGGAAUGAAGGAGUUAAGCAAGGAGGGCAAAAACGCAGCUAAAUCUCCCUCUUCCAAACCUCUUCACACAGGCUGCAUCCUGCCGUAACGAUAUGCAUAUCUUGUAGGUCAAUUUAAACUCUGUGCGCGGAAAAAUUUCGCGUGGCUAUAAAAGGUUUUUCUUCCCUCACACUCAUUGGUUAAUCAGUGAUCAACCUGGCGGGAAAAGUACCUUAACGUUCACAGGCAUUUCCUUUUCUGCAGGAGAUGGUUAAGCCGAGUCUCUACUUUUUUUUAAAAAAUGCUCAAUUAUAAAAUUGAUUCUUAGCAAGUAUGUCCAGCGGUGUAAUCAUAACUUAAUAUCAAAUCGUAAUACUCUUAUUGCGUCAUUCUAAUGCCAAACCUUGUGGCUCGCGCAAACCAUUCCAAAUUAUUUUUUUAUGACUGCCGUGAACUGGCCAAUAAAGACCCAAAUCACAAAUAACACGUGAUUGUAGGACUCCCUUGUAGUCGUUUGUCCAACAACUAUUAAUUGACCCAACAAAAGGGAGUGUAGUUAGUAAAAUGUGUAUGUCAGUUUUUCGUUUCUCAGAUGAUGAUUUACUGCCCAGCAUCUGCUCGUAGCAUUAUACUUACAAUUUUUAACCUCUAGUUCUAGGGCCUUAUAUUUUAAUCAGUCAGUUAAAUUGAUCUACUCUUAUGUUUCUCUCUUCUAGUUAUGUGAUUGGUAUGGAAAACGAGAACAACGAAACUGGCGAUGUCGCUAAAGAACUUAGUAAGCGGGCCGAGAGAGUGCCCUUAAGAGCGGUUUUCUUCGCUUUCUUUCGUCCGAAGUCCAGAGAAGUUAUAGUCCUUAUAUGUUGUCCUAAGCACCUUAGAAAAGAGGUGUUCAUGGAGCUUAAGGAGUAUCUGCCAGAAAUGCCAAGCGAGGGAAAUUCGAGAGAAUCUUUGAUACCAGACCAGGACAAGGCGUUUGUAUUUGCCUCUGGUGGAGUACGCGCAUGUGAACCGGAAGAACCGAAGAUUUAUCUGGAGUAAGCGUACAUACUAAUAGUUAGGAAAAUCAAAUGAACUAAACGGUAUCAGUUGAAAAUGUCUAAUAAGCCUUGUAGUAUGAAAUAAGUAUUAGUCAAAAGGAAAUCGGCCUUUGUUUAAUGAUUAUUUCAGUCGUCAUGCUGUCGAAUUCACUUAGCUCAUUUCGGCAGAGGAACGUACGGCCGAUGAGUUAUCUCCCCAUUAAAUUUGUUUGUCUUUAAUAACAAGGGAUGCUGCAUUUCAUCGUUUUACAGGGUUGAUGACGAAGAGCAAUACAAGCAAGAGUUGAGAGUUGUUGUGCUUGAUAACGAUACUUUGGCAGAAGUUGAAUUUCGUACCGCCUCGAGUCAAACAGUCGGGUUUUUCCUGUGUAAAUUGCACUUAGAUAUCCCUGUAAGUUGUAUAUAUAUUUUUAUCACUUUAGAUUUAGCGUUACAACUGAGACAUCAUUCUAUUCCGGGGAAUUAUUCACUUAAACCUGGUGUUCAUAUGAUCGUCCGAAUCGCCUCUUGGCGUCUAGUUAAUGUACGGAGAAACACCAGACUCGUCAAAAGCAUUACGGUUAGACGCUCGGCAUACCUCACCCAAGUAAGAUCCCUUAUUGGCUAUGCCACGCAAAUCUGGACUCCGCAGUCAAUAGAUCUGAUUCAAAAGCUCGAACGUGUCCAUAGGCGCGCUACAAAAGUAUAUCCUGAGAUCCUGCAUCUGCCAUUCAUUUGUGACCAAACAUAUAGGGACGGGCUAAUGGAACUUGUCUUAUUAUAGAUCUCCUACUGGCACGAGUUUUAAGACAUGAUUUUCUUUUUUAAAGUUGGAACCGGCAUAAAUCUAAUAGCAACCGUAAUGUUACACACUUUGUUUCAAGGAAACGUAAUACUGUCACUUUUCAGAGAUCUUUUUAAAAUAGAACCACCAGAAUCUGGAACACCCUAGCAAAUGACCUUUAACAUUCAUGCAACCUUCAGAUCAGUCAGUUCAAAUCUAUCAUGUAUAAGUACUGUGUAGAUGCCUUAGAACAUAACUACGACCCAGAGAACCCACGAUCCUGGAAAACCAUAUGUCCGUCAUGUAACGUUUCACGUAACGUGUUUGUCCGUCUUCGUUGUUGCUUUUAAUUGUCAUAUGUAGUUGUACUGUUUUUUACAUAUUUUUUGAGCUCUAACUAGUCGUUUAUUAUUUUUUGUUUCAGUAUAUACAGCACUUAACAGUUUUUCUUUAUUAUGCAAUAGGCGAAGCUAAUAGAAUAAAAUAAAAAUGAAAUAAAAAAUCCCUGUUUUAUUACUGUAAUGGAUUGACGUCAUUAAAUUAGGGAGCUUGAACAACGACGACGACGGCGAAAGUGAAAACGUCGCUGAAAAAAUUAAUUUCCGUUCUUUCAAACUUAAUCGCGUCUAUUUGUAUCCGCCCAAUUUGUCAAAUGUAGACGAUUUCUCCUGAAGAUAAAUUCUUAAGGACAUAAUAUCCAAGUUAUGGCUCAGUCAAUUCCAAGUGUGCCUAUUCUCCCUGGGCAUUUGUCGGGUAUUUGUCAUUUUGUUUUGAAAAAGCUGCAAAUGCCCCACGGUGGCGUUCGGCUGUUCAUACAAACUGACCCCAGGGUUGGGCUUAAAAAAGGGUUCAAAUGCCCCACCCUGGGACAACGACAGAAUUGCAUUUUCCUGUAAAUAAGCUGCUAAUUCCAUUCUUAACAGGCAAUACAUAACUUAAGAAUAAAACAUUUUUUUUCCAAUAUAUUUAUAAUUUAUAACAAUAACGGUGUUUUUAAUAUCAUUUACUUUACGAUUACACAUUUAUACCGCAUUUGGAAACUCUCGACAAAGGACUCGAAAAUUUUUAUCAUCAACACUACCAUCCAUUCUAAUAACGAAAUUGCAGUUAGAAUGAGGAAAUUGUUUAUUUUACUGCCAUUCCCAGCAUUUCAUCGCUGGACCACCGUUAGCGGCUAAAAUAUGCAAAUUUUAGAUUCUGUUUCACAGGUUUUUUAACGAUCGCUAAAAAGUACUUCGGGUCAUCAAAUCCUAGACUGUUUGCACUCAUUUGGAAGCAUAUUACUUCUUCUUAUGUCCCAAUACCAUUUAGGCAUUAUGUUUCUGUAAUGAGCAAAUACUGGUCGUCUUUAUUUCACUAAACCAAUAAAGAAAGCAUAGUAUAACAGACGCACCGCAUGCCUGUUUUCUUAUCACGGGAAACUAAGGGAGAUUAAGAAUCUACGACGACGACAACGACGACAACGUCAAAAAACAAUUGGUUUUAUGAGCAAAACAACAACUCUGCACGUGCAUCACGCUUUCUAGUACAUUUCUUUGACGUAUACUGCGCACGACUACGACGUGAAGCCUCCCAAUGCGACGUUUUGUGGAGGACGUGGACAGACGACGAAAAAAGUCGCCUAGAUUUUACGAAUUAAGCGGUUCCACAUAGGCGCGAUAAAGUUUGAAACGACGCAAAUUCAUUUUUCUAGUGAUGUUUUCACUGCCGUCGUCGUCGUUGUUGCUUAAGCUGCCUAUUGAGGGCCUUACGAUCCGACAACGGCGACAAAAAUGAAAACGUUGCGGAAAAAUAGACUUUGCGUCCUUUGAAACUUUUUCGCUCUUGCACCAAGUCAUCCAGUUGCUAGAAGGUAGGGUAGUUAGGUUAGAACUGAAGAGAGGGGACAGCGCGCGAGUUCAGAGAGAGAUAGUGACAUUCAUUGCCUUGCCGUUCCCGUUCUCAAGUCAUCUCAAAAUUUGGUCAUUUCGCGUCGUAGUUGUGCCGGGACGCCUAAGAAAUGUCCAAAAAACGCGUGAUGCACGUGCAAAGUUUUUUUUAAAAUUCUAUUUCAAUCUAUAUCAACACUUACACAAAUAUUAAAAAAAAAAUACGAUACUUUACAAUAAAUUGCAGUACACUGUAUUACAGUCUUGCUACAAAAGUACAAUAAAAUGCGACUCUAAUGUUGAGUAUAACCUUACUAAUUGAAUUGAGAUAUAGCUAGCGAACAAACUUCUUCUCAAUAAAAGGUUUCCAUUUAUUAUAAUAAUAUUCAAGUGAGUUAACGCUUACUGCAAUUUUUUUUUCUAUCUCGGCUUUGUUUGCGACUAUAGUUAGAUAAAACGUACAACUUUUGUACGGGCAAAGUUGUUGUUUUGCUCAAAUAAACCUGUUGAGUUCUAGACGUUCCCGUUGUCUUUGCCGUUGUCGGAUCCUAAGGUCCCUAUUAAAAGCAACGACGACGGCGACGUCAAGAGAACGGCAACCAAAACAACCACUUUGCACAUGCAUCACGUUUUCUUUACAUUUCACAUUUGAAGAAACAGUUAUUUUUUUCCCACAGACUGCGACACCUUUGCGUAGGAACACUCACUCCAGUGCUCACGAUGCACCGCUCCCUGUUCAUGGUCCAGGAAACGUAACAACAGUUCCAUUGCCUCACUAUCCUGCUGGUAAG